GUCAUGAAAACAGCGGCGUACUUUGCGGCGUCGACGGUGGUCACCGCCGGCAUGGUGGCAGCCGUGUACAACAGACGAGAGCAGUUCUACCCCACCAUGGUCCACAUCACAAAGUCCCCUCCUUGCAUCCUGGUGCUUGGCAAUAUGGCACUGGCGUGCUUGUGGACAGUGGCGCAGGGUUUGCGGUCGGUGUUUCUCGGCACGCUGAGGAGAAGGGAGACCGAGGUGGUGAUGGACAAGCUGAGGUACUCGCUGAUGGAGACCAUGCUGGCACUGACGAUCUUUAGAGCGGAGCUCUCGCUCCGGUUUGGCCUCGCUCUCGCAGUCCUCGUCGCUGCCAGGAUCUUCCAUUGGCUGGCGAGGGAGCGUGUCCACUUUGUCAACGAGACGCCGAACCUCGCGCUGACCUUCCACGUCCGGCUGUUCAGCUUGCUCACGAUUCUAGCGGGUACCGACGCCGGGAUAGUGACGUACGGCGUCUCGCAUGUCCUCGACAAGGGCCCGUCGCUUGUCCUCCUCUUUGUCUUUGAGUACCUCAUUCUGCUGGUGCUGGUGGUGGAGAUGCUGGCGACGUACGGCCUGCACUUGUGGGAUCUGCACGGAGUCGAGGGCCAAUGGCAGAACAAGGGGUGGUACAUGCUGGUGCUGGAGGUUCUUGGCGUUGGCGCGCGGUUCUUUGCCUACAUCACCUUCUUUUGUGUCGUCCUGCACUACUACUCGCUCCCGAUCCACAUGCUGCCCGAGCUGUUCUCGUCGUGGCGGGCGUUCCAGAACAAGGUUGUCGAGUUUGUCAACUACCGCCGGGUCAUUGGUGACCUGGCCGAGCGGUUCGAGGCAGUCACCGCCGCUGAUCUCGACGGCGAGGACGCCAUGUGCACCGUCUGCCGGGUCGACGUCGACGAGGGUCACCGGCUGCCGUGCGGCCACGUCUUUCACUACGACUGCCUCCGGUCAUGGAUGGAGCGCCGCCAGCAGUGUCCGACUUGCCGCCUCGACCUGCUCGACGAGAACGCCAUGGCCAACAUGCAGCGCCAGCGCGAGGAGCGGCUCGCCGCCGCCGCCGCUGCCGAGCCGGCUGCCCGGCCCGACGAACCACCGGCUGUGCCGGGUGAAGGCUCGACACCGGCUGAAGUCGAAGCGUCUCAUGCCACAACGAAUGUCGACGCUCCAGACGCAGGCAGCUCUGCAGGUGCCGGCCCGCGGUCGCCGACGCCGUCGGCGCUUCCACUGCCCCGGCCGCCGUUCGCGGCUCCGUCGAGCGGUGGCCCGAUGCAGGCGGCAGCGGCGGCGGCAGGUGCUGCCGCUGCUGCCGCCGCGCGGCAGGCGCUGGCGUCUGCGGGUAUCAAUCCUGCGCUGGCCGGGCCGCCACCUCCGCCGCCGCCGCCGCCGCUCUCGCCGCACCUGAUGACGCCGACGGGAGCAGCAGCCUACCGGGCCUCGCCAUGGAGUCCUGCCGGCGGACGGGCGGCCAGCAGCCCCGCGUUUGGAUGGGGCUCGCCGUCGGCGCCGGCAUUGAUGGCGCCGACAAUGGCGCCGGUGAUGGCGCCGAUGAUGUCGCCGAUGCCGAGCGCGGUGGCAGCGCCAACCCCGGCGUCAACACCGUCGGCCGACUUUGCGUCGCCGGUCCAGGAGGUCGAGUCACGGCAGAUGUCGCUCAUGAUUGCGCAGCUCCAGUCGCUGCAGGCGGUCCAGACCCAGCUGCAGGCGCUGCAGGCCCACAUGAUCGAGCUGCAAAGGCAGACGCUCUCUCUGUCGCCGACCUCGUCGCGCUCGCCAGCAUCUGCACCCGACGCCUCCAUGCCUUCGCCGUCACGCCCCGCUCCGCCGGCUCCGGUCUCCACACCCGAGCACCCGCUCGUCCCUGCGCCUGGUACCGCAUCGCACUCGGACGUGCCAUCGCGCCCGGUGACGCCCAAGCGCAAGACGCGGCCACCGCCGCUGCAGCGGCCGCUGACACCCGCUGGCGAGGCAGCCGCCCGCCGGUUUGCCGCCCUCGCGAGUCCUGCCGCCACCGCCAGCAGCGAUAAGGGUAAGGCUGAGAGCGAGUCGGAGCCGUAG